GGCAGCCAUGAGCCGAGACAAUCCCUGCCGGAGCUCCGCCGACUUUUCAUCCAUCAGUUUACAGACAUGGCCAUUUUCUCUAUGAUGGAGAGCUUUGUGUGAAAAGAGAUGCUAGCUGUAACAACCAUCUCCACAAGAACAACAGUAUGAAUACAAUUCAAGAAGCGACACCGUAUGAAACGCAUUAGCUGUAUCGGAAGCUAAUGUUAGCUAACGGUACUCGCAAAGCGGGACCUAAGUAUAUGUAACAACCGUCACGUGUUUCCGGCGGAUGUCACCGGUCAGCUGCGUUGUAUUACUGCAAGGCUUCCUGGUUCCCGAGUGAAACCGCUGUGUUUUCUCUUAUAAAUUAUCAUAAAUGCAGACUGCUUUCGUUCGUAUUAUCGUAGAUUUCAGGAGACGGGAUCCGGUACAACUGUAGCCACGAACAUGAACACGGAGAAGGACUUUUCGCCUCUGACGCCCAACAUUGUCAGGGCUCUGAAUGAUAAACUGUACGAGAAGAGGAAAGUCGCAGCUUUAGAAAUUGAGAAACUGGUGAGGGAGUUUGUGGCUCAGAACAAUUCCACUCAAAUUAGACAUGUUAUUCAGAUCCUGGCCUCGGAGUUUGCGCUUUCCCAGCACCCUCACAGCCGGAAAGGAGGUCUCAUUGGACUGGCAGCUUGCUCCAUCGCCCUCGGCAAGGACUCCGGUCUGUAUCUGAAGGAGCUUAUUGAGCCUGUACUCACGUGCUUUAAUGACUCAGACAGCCGUUUGCGCUACUAUGCCUGUGAGGCCCUCUAUAAUAUUGUGAAAGUAGCCAGGGGAGCUGUGCUGCCUCACUUCAACCUGCUCUUUGAUGGUCUCAGCAAGCUUGCAGCAGACCCUGACCCUAAUGUGAAAAGUGGAUCUGAACUCCUUGACAGACUGCUGAAAGACAUUGUGACAGAAAGUAACAAGUUUGACUUAGUGGCGUUUGUCCCCCUGCUCCGAGAGAGAAUCUACUCCAAUAAUCAAUAUGCUCGGCAGUUUAUUAUUUCCUGGAUCCAUGUUCUGGAGUCUGUGCCGGACAUCAACCUGUUAGACUACCUCCCUGAGAUCCUGGAUGGGCUCUUCCAGAUCCUAGGAGACAACAGCAAGGAGAUCCGGAGGACGUGUGAGGUGGUGCUUGGAGAGUUUCUGAAGGAGAUUAAGAAGACACCCUCCAGUGUGAAAUUUGCAGAGAUGGCCAACAUCCUGGUAAUCCACUGCCAGGUUGCAGAUGAAACAAAACUCACAAAUGACCUAAUCCAGCUGACGGCUAUGACCUGGAUGAGAGAGUUUAUCCAGCUUGCAGGCAGAGCGGUUCUCCCCUACUCCUCUGGUAUCCUAACUGCAGUGCUGCCUUGCCUUUCCUACGACGACAGAAAGAAGAAUACCAAAGAAGCAGCCAGUGCCUGUAAUCACAGUCUGAUGAAGCUAGUGACUCCUGAGGACGAUGAGGAUGAGGAGAAAAGUGAAAGUACAGAGUCACCGACCAAGGAGGAUGGCCAGCCUAAGACGGAGGCUGACAGCAAUGAUAUGCUGAAUGCGUCACAAGAGUCUGUCGGUUUCAGUAAUAUCAGCUUCUUCACUCCAGCGAGUGCUGACAGGCUUCAGGUAACUCUGGACCUGAACGGUAUUGUUCAGGUGUUGGACCGGCACCUUCACGACUCUUCCACUGGCAUGAUGACUCGCAUCGCUGUGCUCAAAUGGCUCUACCAUCUCUACAUCAAGACGCCAUGCAAAAUGUUCCGCCACACAGACAGCCUGUUUCCCAUGCUGCUGAAAACAUUGUCUGAUGAGUCAGAUGAGGUGAUACUGAAGGAUCUGGAGGUGUUAGCUGAGAUAGCAUCAUCUCCUGCUGGCCAAACAGACCAAGUCGGCUCCUGCGACAGCACCGACAACAAGCUGGAGCUCAAGGUCCCAGACAGCGCCAAGCCAGGGCAGCAGCCCAGCACGGGCCCCAAAGCAGCGGAUUCGUCCCCCUCGACCCCCAACAUGAACUCCUAUUUUUACAAGUUCAUGAUCAACCUGCUGAAACGCUUCAGUCUGGAGAGGAAGCUUCUGGAGAACAGAGGAGCUUUCAUCAUCAGGCAGCUCUGUCUGUUGCUUCACGCAGAGAACAUCUUCCACUCCAUGGCUGACAUCUUGCUGAAGGAAGAGGACCUCAAAUUCGCCUCCACCAUGGUCCAGACGCUCAACACCAUCCUACUGACCUCAGCUGAGCUCUUCCAGUUACGCAACCAGCUGAAAGACUUGCGCACUCAGGAGAGCUGUGCUUUGUUUUACUGCCUGUAUCGCUCCUGGUGCCACAACCCCGUGGCCACUGUGUCGCUCUGUUUUCUCACACAGAACUACAAACACGCCUAUGAUCUCAUCCAGAAGUUUGGAGAUCUGGAGGUGACAGUAGACUUCCUGAUGGAGGUUGACAAACUGGUGCAGCUCAUCGAAAGCCCCAUUUUCACGUACCUGCGCUUGCAGCUCCUCGAUGUGGAGAACAACCCUUACCUGAUAAAGGCACUGUACGGCCUGCUGAUGCUGCUACCGCAGAGCCAGGCCUUCCAGCUGCUCUCCCAUCGCCUACGGUGUGUUCCCAACCCGGAGCUCAUGAGGACUGUAGAUGAGUCCAAGUAUAUGGACUCGAAACAGCAAGUGGUCUCCAAACGUGCUUCCCACAAUCAGAUGGAUUACAAUGAGCUGCUCCAGCACUUUGACUGCGUUCAGAGCAAACACCUGGAUGUCCGACACCAGCGCUCUGGACGUGCCUCUGAUCACCCCGACAGGAAGCUGAUGUGAAGUUAUCGUGCCAUAGUGACCGAGAGGAAGGUGAAAGAAAUAUGUUAAGGACAAAACAAUAUAUACAAUGAUUUCUAGAAAAGAUUAUGAAGAUGUUGAAGCCAAAAAGUAUUAAGUAAAGAAUAUGAUUAAAAACUGUCUUAUUAGAGCACUUGAAUAUACAUUUAAUUAACUUCAGAUUAUACACAUGCAAAUUAAAUGUAAGAUUUUGUGAAUGUAAAUACAAUCCCAUGCAUCAUAACUAGUGGUGGUGAUCAUUACAUUACCUGAGUUUCCAUCAUUCCAGCAGCUGAGAUCUUUCCCAGCUAAACUAAAUGUUCACAGUGUUAUAUAUAUUACACAGUAAAACAUUGCACUCUUAUGUAAUUGUAUGCCCAUGUUGAACCACAGUAUUCUCAUGGUGUAUCCUGUUGAGAAGUAUACUGUAUAUAGAGCAUCCGUUCAGGGUUGCCUUAAUCUUCUGUCAGCCAGAAAAGAAAUCUCACGUGUUGAGUAUUGACCCAGCUCAACUGAGAUUUUGAACUUUGGUAGCCAUGGAUGACUGAACUCUGGCACACAUUCUGGGGAGGCCGAUGUUGCUGCACCUCAUUUCUUUGUCAAAGCAGCUGAUCAGGAAAGUCACUUCACACAUCUCCAGGUUUUAAAUCCAUUUCUUAUAUAUUAUUCAGUUGAUAUGUAUUUCUCUUUGUACAGUGUCACUUUGUCUUGUAUUCUUGAAAAGAUAAUUAUGUCUUUGCUGUGUGAAAGUCAAUAAAGUAGACUAUGUGAUUACA